AUGAACGCUUCUUCCUCCUCCACCGCUCUCGCUCCCUCUCCUGCUGGUCAGCCCAACACCACCAAGCCCGGCGAAACCACUCGCCCGCAGAUCGCCUCCCGCACCUCGUCGGUCAAGGGUAAGGCACCCGCUCCGUCGUCCGCUACCGCCGCCGCCGCUGCCGUUGCGGCUCCGUCCGGUUCCGCAGCGCCGGCCCGAGCCCCUCUCCCGACCAGACAGCCGAAGGGCGCCGUGCCGGCAAAGUCUGCCGCCGCCGUUGCUCCGGCCCCUCUUCCGCGGCUCUCUGUCCCUCCCGUCGACAAGAUGACCAUGGCUGCCGUCAUCAGCCCCAGUCCCGCCCCGGAGGCGCUCGCGCCGAAGACGUCCAUGACGUCCAAGGAAUGGGUCAUUCCUCCGAGGCCCAAGCCCGGUCGCAAGCCGGCAACGGACACGCCUCCAACGAAGCGCAAGGCACAGAACCGUGCCGCUCAGCGAGCAUUCCGCGAGCGCCGUGCCGCGAGAGUCGGGGAGCUCGAGAUUCAGCUGGACGAGCAGCGCGAGGUGCACGAAAAGACCGAGGCCGACCUCAAAGAAAAGAUCCACGGCCUCGAGCUGGACCUCCAAUCAUUCCGCUCCCGCUGCAUGCUCUUGGAGAACAUGCUCGACCGCGAGCGCCAGGAACGUAUCCGGGCCGAGACGCAGGCCGAAACGCUCAAACGCCGUCACGGCGAUGACUUUUUUCGACCCCAAAGCAUGAGCGCGUCCCAUCGUCACAGCCGCAGCCAGCAGCCCAGUCCAACCCGCCACCACCAAAGACACAGCGUGUCCGAUGCACACCAGAUGCAUCACGGCGGCAGGAACCUUUCCAUCUCUCACAUCAUCACUCCUCCGGACACUGUCGGCACAAACAGCAGUGAUUCAGAGGCAACGCUUACGUGUGGCAACUGCUCGCCCUCGGGCCCCUGUGCCUGUGCCGACGAGGUGUUGGCCUCUGCUGCCAACGGAUGUGGCAAGUGUGGCUUCGGCUCUCAUUGCCAGUGUCUCGACGAGAUCACCGCCUCAGUCAGCCAAGGCCAGUCCCUGAAGCGGCCAGUGUCCCCAUCAAACCCUUCGUCGGAUGGAAAACGCCUGCGGUCUGACGGACGCGGCGUGUUGGAGACUGAGACGGACUUUACAGCCAUGUUCUCUCGCACAUCUGUCGCGAGCGCCCCGCAGCAGUCUCCGUACGAGCUGCACUCAGAGAGCCAGCUGUCUACGGACUCGAUGCCGUUCAAGGAUAGCUGCGGCUUCUGCAAAGACGGCACCUACUGCAUGUGCGCGGAGGAGGCGGCGGCGAUGGCCACACCGGCCAUGACACCAACCGCCGAGAUCUUGCCACCCAUUUCCCAUCAAACACAAACACCGCCACCGAGCGAGCCAGACAUCAUCCCAUCGCCGCUGGUGAUGGAGAUGACUGCUGACGGCGCCGUCAAGCUUCCUCGCCGGACGCAAAAACCGCACAAGAAGCCCACAAAGAACAACACCAAGGGCUGCGGCGCCAACGGACCGGGUACCUGUGCCCAGUGCCAGGCUGAUCCAAAGUCUGGCCUCUUCUGCCGCCUCAUGGCCGCCAAGUUUGACCGCGAAUCUGGGUCGGCGGGAGGCGGCUGCUGCGGCGGUAAGGGCGCUGGGGGUGGUUGCUGCAAGUCUGGUGGACCGGAGAGCCAGAAGAUCACUCUCCCUAGCUUGCCCAGCCUAGGUCUGAGCUGCGCCGAGGCGUACCAGACUCUCUCCAGCCAUCGGAAUUUUGACCGCGCUGCCGACGACAUUAGCUCGUGGCUGCCGAAGCUCAAGGCUUCCACGCCCACACCUAGCCGGCCCGGGGUGCAGCGCGGCCGGCAAGCCAUCGAGGUAGAGGCAGCGAGCAUCAUGAGCGUGCUGAAGGAGUUUGACGUGCGGUUCGGCCGGGAGUGCUAG